AUGGCGCCCCGAAAGGCCAAGGCUGCUGUGCCGCCUGCUUGGUACGAUCCGGCUCUGGACGCGCCCAAUGUAUCGGAGAAGAACUUCGCCGCCACGCGCCUGCUGACGGCGGGGGAGAGCAACGAGAAGGGGAAGACCGAGCUUCGGGCCGGCUCCGCCAAGCCGGAGGCUCAGGGGAGCACCUUCUACCCCUUCUUCAUGAGCAGUGUCAUCGCGGGCAUGGCCGACGCCCGCGGCGAAGAAGAGGAAGGAGGAAGCGGUGGUGCUGCUCGGACCAAUCUGCCUGCCGCGGCUGCGUCUCCCUCCAUGGAGAAGGGUAGCGACGGCGCUCACGCUUCUCCGGCUCGAUCGUCCUCGCGAGGCCUGGGGGAGCAUCCUCGGGAGGAAUCAGCCCCCGUGGCCCCGCUGGCUCGGGAGGCUCCGGUGUCCGGCUCGGCUGCUGGGGUCCCCAAAGCUCAGGAGCCCCCAGUCUCCCAGGCUAUGGUGACAAUGUUGCCUCCUCCUCCUGCUGCUGCACCGCUGGUUCCAGAUCCUUCCGCCUCCCCUGACGUCUUGGAGCGCGCUCUUUCUGAGAUGACCCGGCUGCGAGAAGAUCUUCAGGGCGCCGAUCCCCACCUGGAUGUCGAGGCCGCCCAGGAUCGCUACCGGGUGCUGGAGGCCGAACUGAAGACUCUGCGCAAUGAGCGUGCGGAAGAAGCUCGUGGCCGCAAGGCGGAGGAGGAGAAGAUGAAGGCCCGUGAGGACGCCGUCAGGGGUCGCGACACCGAGAUGGAGCAGUUGGGGAAGGCGCAGGCCGCAGAGCGCGGCCGGCUGGAGAAGCUAAAGCAGGAGAUGGAAGCCGAGAAAGCUGAGCUUGACGCCAAGGCGAAGGUCCUGGCUGAGGACCGCGAGGCCUUCCAGCUCCUCGAGGAGAGGUCCCACGUGGCGCUGCGGGCACUUUACGAGAAGGGCUUGGAGGAGCCGCUGGCUACCAACAACGAGGGCCCCGCCCAGCUGCUUCUUUAUCUGGUCGAGGCGCUUGAAGAAGUCGUGAGCGGUAUCGGCCCCAUGGCAGAGGGAGAAGCCCGCGUUCUUUCCUCAGCCGCGUUGACGCGCGUCUUCAGCCACCUGCAUCUUCGCGAUCCUGCCGCCCGCCUCGACGAGCUGCUAGAGCUUGUGGACGACGAGCAUUGCGCAGCCGCUGCCGUAGCCGUGAAGGGUCAGGUGGAGGCCCCGCUGGAGAAGUUCCGCGCCUUCGCUCCCAUGCCCUCGACCGGCGGUGCUGUUGAUCCUGCAACUCCGGCAGGCAGUGCAGGUGAAGGCGACACCACCAAGGAAGAAGCAUCCCCUGCGGGCGACGGCGGUGUCCAGGGAUGA